AGUCCAACACUUAGGAGUAGGUAGAGCUAAUUGAUUAGGAUUACGGUAAUAGCACAUGACUGGUUAGGUUGCAGGACAAGUGCACAAUAAGGUUAGGGUAACACAUAUCUCGUCCUCCGGUGACGUUUGUGGUACUCUGAAGUGGUGUAAGAGUGACUCGUCUUCACUAUUUUAACAUCUGUUCCGCUGCUCACGCUACACAGUUGGAAGUUCACGUAUUGAAAAUGAGCAACUCGGAGCCUAAACUAAUUACUGCACCGCAUGUAGUGAAAGAAGAGCUCAUGGCAGCAGGGACAUGGGUGAAGCUGGAGAAAACAACGUAUGUGGACCCUGCUGGAAACACCAGAACCUGGGAGACUGUGAAAAGGACAACAAGGCAAACCACCACAGAAGUAGAUGGUGUUGGAAUUAUCGCCUUACUGAAGAGGACACUCCAUAAAGACUGUGUAGUGAUGGUGAAACAGUUUCGUCCUCCUCUGGGAUGCUACACUCUGGAGUUUCCUGCAGGUUUGAUUGACGAGGGGGAAACUGCAGAAGCCGCUGCCCUGAGGGAGCUGAAGGAGGAAACUGGCUACAAGGGGGAAAUAGCAGGAGUCACACCAGUGACCUGUCUGGACCCCGGUCUGUCUAACUGCACCACUCAAAUCGUCCUGAUCAACAUCAAUGGAGAUGAGGUGGAGAAUAUCCACCCAACACAGCAACUUGGGGAAGGAGAAUUUGUUGAGGUCGUCCUUUUACCUCUUGAUGAAUUUCAAAUGAAAGUAGAUGAUCUUCUGAAGAAAGAAAAAAUCUUAGUAGAUGCUAAAGUGUACAUCUUUGCCAUGGGAAUGGUUCAGGCUUUCUUUAAACCAAGGGAGCUCCCUGUCCUGAAGCAGUGAAGCAAAAUGUUCAAGAUGAUAAUGAGAGGAUGAAGUACUUUUUGCUGUUGCACAGGACUGGAAAAUUUGUAAUAAAAAGGAAAUGGAGUGUUUCCAAAUUGUAUUAAGAAUUUUAAUAAGAAAAUACUUGAACUGUGGUUUUAGAGCAACGUGGCAGUUAGAAAAUGCAAUUGUUUAAGUCAUACUGAACACAAAGCUUUUGAAAUGAGUCUUAGAAAGCCUUGGAUUUAGUAAGUGAACCUUUCAAGGAGCCCUGUUCACACUACAAGUACUGGACCAAUUUUUGUCACUUGUUCUCCAUUUUCUCUUCUUAAUGUAGAAUAUAUUCUAGGUUUUAGUCUUGAAUGCCUUAUGUAACUAACAGUCAAUUCCAAUUUUUUAAUGAGAUUAGGCAUUGUAAUAUUAGCAAUUUGUUGUAAUUUAUAUUUAGUGAUUGUAAAACAUUCCUUACAUGUAUUAACAUACUGAUAUACAGUAUAUUGUAUCUGAUACCAGAUAUUUAUGUAAUGAGUUGUAAUCUUUGGUGGCAGUUACUGGGAAUCAAAGAUUUUGUAUAAACAUUUAACAGUUCUACAGAGAAAUCAGUCAAACAGCGGAAAAUCACAAAGCAGUGGGAUUUGAGUAAAGAACAGGAUGCUUUUUUCCCAUUCUCUACUGUUGCUGCCUCCUUCUAGUUUUAAUCACACCCAAAGCUGAAUCAGGCAAACUCACAUCUGGGAGUCAUCCUGGGAGCAGGAGGAAUCUACUCACUCAUAUUAGGGAAAUAUGGAAUUUAAAAAUGCACCACCUGUACUGGUAUUAUUGGUAUUAGUGGUGUGUCUUUUAAAUUCCAUGAGUAUACAUGAGCCAUUGCUCACAAAAUAAUGUAAACAACGUCAGCAAUGUGAUGACAUUUAGUUGUUGUAUUAGUUUUAAUUAUUAUUUUUUUACUUGUAACACCACUGUAAUGUACAACAAAGGUACUGUAUUGAUAAAGAAUGAUUUAAUAGGAAAUAUUCCAUGCAGCCUCCAACCUCUUUGGGGUGCAAUUAGCUUGAUAUUUAUGCCGUACUUACCCUUUGCAAAAUGAUUGACCAAUGAAUAAAUGUGAUACUGCCCUCA